UGUAGGCUGAAGGAGAAAGCAGUCUGUAAUCCUGGACCCUGCUGUAAUAAUUCAUGCCAAUAUGAAAAAAUUGGAUCCACGUGCCGUCCUGCUGUGGGAGAGUGUGACCUCCCAGAGUACUGUCUUGGUGACUCUGGAGAAUGUCCCCCAGACCGCUACAAGCAAGACGGUACGUUGUGUCAAAAAGUGCACUAUUGUUUUGAAGGACGCUGCAGGACUGCUGAUAACCAAUGUUUAGAUAUUUUUGGGUACCCUUCAAGAUCUGCCCCAGAAGAGUGUUAUCGGUCACUCAAUAAGAAAGGGAACAGGUUUGGAAACUGUGGUAGUCCCACGAAUAGUAACCCAGAAUAUGUUCAAUGUGAAGAUAAUAACUUAUUUUGCGGUAAAGUUGUAUGUACAAAUGUCAAACAGCUACCAGAUAUCAGACCCCAGUACACAGUGUUGCAGGUCCCUCAUGAAAAUGACUACUGCUGGGUCAUGGAUGCAUAUGACACUACUGAUAUCCCGGAUGAAGGAACGUCAUGGGGUGGCAGUACUUGUGGAGACAACAGUGUCUGCAUGAAUCACAUCUGUAGUGAUCAUUCAGUGCUUGGGUAUGACUGCAAACCAGAAGAAGUGUGUAACGGGAAAGGAGUUUGCAACAAUUUGAAGCACUGCCACUGUAUGGGUGGUUUUGCUCCCCCUGACUGCAACACUGCAGGAAAUGGUGGUAGUGUGGACAGUGGCCCCCCUGGUAUGAGUGAAGAAUCAGAACCACCAGCUGGAGGUGGAAGUCAAAACACUACCGGAAGCAAAAAAGAAGAACUCUUAGAUACGGCGAUAAUAAUAUUUAUUAUACUUUUCCUCAUAAUACUAGCAAUUAUAAUGUGUUGCAUCUUCUGGCUUUGCAAACGGGAGAAAGAGAAAGAAGCGGCUCCACCACCUGAAGAAGGGCCUCCUGCAGAGGCUGCUCCACCAGUGGAGGCCCCAGAAGAAGAGGAAGAGGAAGAGGAGGAAGAGGAAGAGGAAGAGGAGGAAGAGGAAGAGGAAGAGGAGGAGGAAGAAUCAGAGCCGUAAGACAACAGAGGGAGAAAGAGGCCUGAUAUAUCAAACACCUUAAGUUUGAGUGGGGAUGAGCAGCUUAGUGAAGCAAAGGUUAAGUGGGAAUUCAUAGCUCCAGUGGCUCUAGCUAGGAUUACAAAGUCUACAAGAUUAUACUCACGUAGGAGGAGGGCUUCUCGCUGUCACAUUAUUCAUUUUGGUAAUAAAGGUUUUAUUCUUGCAUUAACUAUAUUACUACUUUUUGCUUUUUCACAUUUUACUUGAACUCUUCACAUGCCUCUACUGUCAUCAACGUUCCUGUCUUAGGCUAACUUUUCUAGUCACAGAUCCUUUUUUUAGCUCAUACCAUCUUUCAUCUAAGUUGUCUGACAAACUAAUAGUGGUACCUGCACUUAUUACUAGUAGCUGAAUUUUCACUUAAGUAACAGCUACCUACUAUGUGAGGACAGUUUUCUUAUGUGACAGAUUGUUCUCAUUUGCACUGUAAGUGUGCAUUCAU